AUGGAUGAGAAAACUAUAGAUUCGAUAUUCGCGGGCAGUUUGAAAAAUCUGCCGCCCGUUAGUUCGAAAAUUGUGCGGAUUUUUACCAGCUCCACUUUUACCGAUACUACAAUGGAAAGAAAUACUUUAAUGGCAAAAUGUUAUCCAAAGAUCAAGGAUUACUGCAGAGAAAAACAUGGAUUAGAAUUUCAAGUGGUCGACAUGAGAUGGGGCGUAAGAGAUGAAGCCACAGACGAUCACAUGACAACCGAAUUGUGUAUGAAAGAAAUCGAGAACUGUCAGAGAUUAUCAAUGGGGCCCAAUUUUGUGGUCUUUCUGGGACAAAAAUAUGGGUACAGACCUAUUCCUACCUAUGUGCUGAGUUCAGAACUACAAAUGCUUCGAGAUGAACUUGCAAAUUCGGGUGUGGAUGUCCAAUUGUUGGAUACUUGGUAUAGAAAAGAUGGCAACGCAGUUCCUCCAGUCAGUGUUUUGCAGCCGAUUUCAAGUAUUCUGAUCAAUUUCAAUAAUAAGAGAGUUCCUAAACUACAAGCUGAAGAUCAGGCAAUAUGGUGGGACACUUUGAACAAAAUGCAGAAGUUAUUCAGAAAAGCAGCAAGCACCUUGUACAACGCUGGAAAAAUUGACAAAGACACAAUGCACAAUUAUUUUAUGUCCGUUACUGAACGUGAAGUGAUAAAUGGUAUCCUGAAUGUAAAGAACACCAAAAACCAUUGCUUGGCUUAUGUCCGGUACAUUAACAACAUAAAUCUCCAGAAUUUGAAGAAGGCUGGUCUUUUUAUCGACAUUUUGAACAGAAGUCUGGACACAGAAGCAUGCAAACUACUUGCCAAUUUAAGAGACGAGAGGUUACCAGAUAAAAUUGAAAGCACAAACAUCCAAAAGUAUACUGUAGAAUGGAUUGGAAGAGAAGGCCUUGACACAGAAACCCACGAUGCCUAUUUACAAAGUUUCAUUUGCCAUUUCUAUAAAAAUAUCUUGAAACUUGUGGACCGUGCCAUGAGGAAAGAAGACAGCAGUGCUCAAGGGCAAAUUGUUACUGAGAUACUGCAACAUCUACACGCUUGCAACAACUCUGUCAAGGUGUUUUAUGGAAGAGCAGAUGAUCUCCAAAGAGUGGAGACUUACAUGUUAGAUCCUGAUGCAGAUAAACCUUUGGUCUUGUACGGAGCUGGAGGUUGUGGCAAAACGUCCCUGUUGGCCAAAAGUGCAGCCAUGGCUAACACGGUUUGGUUUGCAGAUGUUAAACCAGUAAGCAUUGUUAGAUUUUUAGGAACUACACCAGAUUCCAGCGCCUUGACACCAACGUUGAUAUCCAUCUGCCAACAGAUAUCCUACAACUACAUGUUGCCUUUUGACAACAUACCAGACGACCUGGUACCGUUGACAGCCCAUUUCAAGCAUUUACUUACCUAUGCUAGUCAUGAGCAACCGUAUAUUUUUCCUGAUUCUGUGGAUCAAUUGACAGGCGUGCAGGAUAACAGAGUGUCCUGGUUGCCUACCAGAUUGCCACCACAUUGCAAGUUGAUGGUGUCAACAGUUGCCGAAGAAAACAACAUGAACGUAUCAAGAGAUUAUCACAUAUUAAGACGAAUGAUUGAUGAUGAACAGAAUUUCAUUGAAGUUAAGGCUUUGGGAGAAGAUUUGGCUAUGGAAGUAAUAAGGAUGUGGAUGAGAACAGCCUGCAGGGAUUUAAACAACUACCAAUGGCGCCUAGUGUCCAACGCAAUUGGACAAUGUUCUCUGCCAAUUUUCGUUAAACUGGUCUUCGCCGAGAUUUGUCGUUGGAGAAGUUACACCAAGCCGACAGAGACACACUUGGCCAACAAUGUCAUGGACUCCAUCAUGAUGCUCUUUGAACGAAUAGAAAAACAACAUGGAAAGAUAUUGGUGUUCCACGCUUUGGCAUACAUCACGGCUUCCAAAAGUGGUUUAUCAGAAAGCGAGCUGGAAGAUUUGAUAUCUCUGGAUGAUAGGGUAUUGGAUGAUGUGUACCAGUACCAUUUGCCACCAGUCAGGAGAAUUCCACCUUUGUUAUGGACGAGAAUUAGAAAUGAUUUGCCUAAUUAUCUUAGUGAACGGGAAGCUGAUGGAGUCAAUGUCAUGAACUGGUAUCACAGACAAUUCAGAGACACUGCUAAAGAACGUUAUUUCAAAAAUAUGAACAUGGCUUUAUAUUUCCAUUCAUCUAUAGCUGAUUACUAUUUGGGCAUUUGGGGAGGCGGUGUGCCUAAACCUUUCAAAUUCACAGAAAUACAAAGACACAGGUUCAAUUUAACUGAUAAAGAAGGUGUUGCUGAUCGAAUGCCUGUGCAACCUUUGGUGUUUUUGUCCAAGGAAGGAAAGGUCACCCGGUAUAACUUAAGAAAGUUUGGUGAAUUGCCUUACCAUUUGGUGAGAGCACGCAGAUUCAAGGAUUUGUAUUCAAAUGUUUUGUUCAACUACGAUUGGCUUCAUGCAAAACUGUCAAGUUGUCCUCUGCAAGCAGUUCUCUCAGAUUUUGAAGAUGCUUCAGUAAACACAGACGACAAAGACUCUAAAAGAGAAUUAAUGUUGGUUGCUGACGCCUUACGUUUGGGUGGUGCAGUUUUGGCUGCAUAUCCUGAUAUGUUGGCUCCACAACUAGUCGGUAGACUUUUACCAGAAAUUGGUGGAAAUCCCAAUGUGAAGAUGUUGUUAAGUGCUUGUGACUCUUGUGGACCACGACAUUGCGCUUUGAUACCUCUAUAUCAUUGCUUGCACACUCCUGGCGGACCCUUAAAGUACUCCUUGGAAGGUCAUCAGUUUGCAGUGUUUGCAUUUCGUGUCACGUCCGAUUUUCGUUACAUAGUCUCCAUAUCCACUCGAUUUGUGACUUGGGAUCUUGCCACAAGUGACAUGACACGUGAUGUAACACCAGGAGUCGAAGGAAUAAUGCAGCAACUGGUGCUAAGCCCUGAUAACAAAUGGGCAGCAGCAUACACCAACAAUAAUGAGAGUGCUCUCCUGAACAUGCUCUCAAGUGAAUUCAUAACAAUACCCAAUCCCUUACAAGAAGACGAGUCUGUCACAGGAUUGUGUUUGUUGAAUCAUCAGCACCUGAAAUUCAUGGUUCCAGAACAUGGGUUCGAUAUUCCACCAGAGGUGAACUUGAAGACACGAAAACUGUAA